AUGUAUGCAUUUUUAGAAUCAGCCACAUUCAAUCCGGGUGAAUUGGCUGAAUUGACGCGACUCACGCGAGAAGAGCAAAUGUAUCGGCAAAAAGCCGAACGCUUGACCGAGGAGUUGGAGGCGCAACGAUCGAGACGGCAUGGAUAUAUUCCCUCCGCCGCGCCAGCUUUGCAGAAAAACGUGGAGCGAUUCACGGGGUUGUUGAACGAAUAUGGAAGAGAUUCGCCGUCAAAUGGACUACAGUCAGCUUCUCCAAUGCCGGCUGGACGCCGGAGUACAGUCGGCUCGUCGGCUCCGACAAACGUACUCACUUGUACUUGCAUCUACAAAUUCACCGCGCAUAAUGAAAGUACCCCAGAAGAGCCGACCCUGUGCUUGCCACAUCCAGUUGCCGAGAACACACAACAAACUAAUGGAAUUACACCCAAUCACCCAAAUCCGCAAACAUAUCAAAUGAGCAGACAAAACAAUCCAAACUCUUCUUAUUCCACUUCAUCUUUCCCCGGUAUCGACAAAACGAGAAGAUUCAAUGACUAUGAAGAGGAAACCGACAAAUUGACCGAAUGGAGUAACCGAAGGAAAGCCCCGAAUCUUUCCUCUUCAACUACAAGAGGAGAUCCUCCAAUUUCUUCAGCACAACAACAUUCAUCACACAUUGUACCACAAAACUCUGAGACAUAUCGAGCUCUUUAUCCAUAUGUACCGAUGAAUGAAGAUGAAUUGGAGUUGCAGGUGAACGAUAUCGUGUUUGUCGUCGAGAAAUGUGAUGAUGGAUGGUUUAUUGGUACUCUUCUCCGAAACGGACAAUUUGGGACUUUCCCUGGGAAUUACGUUGUCCGGCAU